GGGGAAAUUGAGUUUGGCGCGCAGGCAUGUCAGCAGAGUAUCAUAAUGUCGAGCUUCGUAUGUUUGAUGAGGCCCAGUUCACUUGUCGAACGCUCGGAACUGGAUUGACAGUUGGAUUGAGAAACUCUAAAGUGAUUUCUGUUCGGUAAGUGCAUUGUAGUGUGUUUACACUGCCACAAAAGUAGGGAUAAUGAGACCGUUAGGGAAAUCCAUAUUUCCUCUCUGGCUAAUAUAUAUCGUUUCUCACAAAAAACGGUAGCUGUCUGUACGAAAAAAUGCGUCGGGGACGCGGUCUUCACUACUUAUUUGUUGGGUUUCGAUUCUCCAGGGGAUGUCCGAAGCUUUUAAAUUCUUCCGGUCUCCUGAAACCGCUAUGUGAAGAGAACAAGAAGGAGACCCGCACUUCCAUUUUCGAUAAGCGUACUGACUCUUGGUCUGCAGUACAAUAUUUCCAAUUUUACAGUUACAUCAGUCAGCAACAAAAUAUGAUGCAGGACUAUAUUCGCACUUCAACCUACCAAAGAGCUAUUCUCGCAAAUGCUUCCGCUGACUUUCGCGGAAAAGUGGUAUUGGAUGUUGGAGCUGGCUCAGGAAUUUUGAGCUUCUUCGCAAUCCAAGCUGGUGCAACAAGGGUUUAUGCUGUUGAAGCAUCUAAUAUGGCUACUCAUUGUAAUAGUCUAGUUCAAGCAAAUAAAUUGGCGGGACGCAUUGUUGUCAUCAGUGGGAAAAUAGAAGAAAUCACUUUGCCCGAACCAGUGGAUGUCAUUAUAUCUGAGCCAAUGGGUUAUAUGUUAUACAACGAGAGAAUGUUAGAAUCGUAUGUUCAUGCAAGAAAGUUUCUAGCUCCACAUCUUCGACAGCCAUUAAAAAAGAAGCAGAACAGACGUGAGCAUGAACGACUUAAUGAAGAUGAUCAAUCACCAUAUGUCAAACAGUUGUCAGAUUCUGAGCAUUCUGAUGAAGUAUUAACUGAUGAGUUGGACUGUGAAGAUAUUGACAUAGAGGAUCAGGUACAUGAUGGCGCGACAAAAUUAUCUAAUAGAUCAUUACCUUGCCCCGGAAUAAUGUUCCCGUCUGUAGCAAAUUUGUAUAUUGUUCCAUUCAGUGAUGAGGCACUCUUCGCUGAACAGUACGGGAAAGCUAACUUUUGGUAUCAACAGAGUUUUCAUGGCAUGGAUCUAACUGCUCUGCGUAAUGCUGCCGUUACGGAAUACUUCAAUCAACCUAUAGUCGACACUUUUGAUAUUGGUAUUUGUCCAGCACUACCAUGUAUACACAAAGUGGAUUUCCGUACUGUAUCCGAAUCCGAACUAAGUUCAAUCGAUAUUCCUCUAAAUUAUCAAAUUACAACCUGUUCUACAAUCCAUGGCCUUGCAUUUUGGUUUGAUGUUGGUUUCUUAGGUUCUCAGAGAGAUGUUUGGCUGUCAACUGCACCAACCGAACCACUUACUCAUUGGUAUCAGGUGCGUUGUCUUAUGGGAACACCAUUAUUCGUUCAAGAAGGUCAGACACUUAAUGGACGUGUUCUUAUGCAUGCUAAUUCUAGACAGUCCUACGAUGUUCAAAUCGAACUGAUAGUUCCUGGUAGUGAAACAAAGAUUGUUAAUAGUUUAGAUUUGAAAAAUCCACACUUUCGAUACAAUGGUUAUCCUCCAGCACCACCGCCUGGUUCACAUGUUCGUUCACCGACGGAGACGUAUUAUGCUAACCUGUGUGCACAACAACAACAACAACAAAUGGAGAUGCAAUCGCAAACUAUGGUCAAUAAUGGUAAUCCUAUAUCAUUGGCUGCAGCGGCGGCUGCGGUUGUCGGUGGCGUUGGUAUGCCUAAUAAUAAUAGCGGACAAAUAAAUUAUCGCAAUAGUCCUGUUUAUACAAUGAAUCAAGCGACUGGAUUUCUUGCUGCCACUGGUUCAAUUCCAAAUGUUGUUCAAACAAUCCCUUUAGCAGUUGCCAACGAUAAUCUAUUACAGAAUCAACCACAUUCUAUGCAAUUAUCUCCUCAGCCAGUUAAUCAAUCUUCACUAGAAUUUGGUCGUUUUAUGACAUCGAAUCAUUCUCAGAUUGCUUCUUCAAUGCUUAGAUCAGUAAACAUUCCUUCAGCUACUCCCGUUAUUGAACCUUUGACAAAUGUUUCUGGCAGUGGAAUUCAUACAAAUGAAUCUGUGUAUUACAACCCUGUUAUUAGUCCGAAUUUCGGAGAUUCCUGUUUCGCAAUGAAUAAUGUGGUCAAUCCUAGCAAAAAUUGGAAUUCAGGAAUACAUCAGGAAUAAUUCCGACCUCUUUAUAACCGUAUAGUCGACGGUUAAAAGUAUAUGUAUGUGAGGAUUAAUUAUUAUACAAUCGUUUGUUAUAUGUGGUGUACACAGUAAAACAAUAUCUUAUAUAUAUAAACCUUUGGCAUUUUCGUAAAUUCUGAUAUUUUGAUGGAAAUUGUUUGUUUGUUUUUGUGCAUCUAUUUAUCAUUUCUAUCAUAUGUGUUCACUGUGAGAGUAAAAAUAAUGACGGUUAUAUAGUUUAUGCUUCUGUCUUAUUCACUUCAUCAUAUAUACACAUGCAAGCGAAUUCACGCACAAUCAUUAUAGGUAACUUGUUCUCAUUGUUCUUUAUCAUCAUUUACUCUAUCUAUUAUCAAUGAAAUUCCUGGUCAAAUAAUUGAGGAUAAUCAUUACAAGAAAUAAGAAACUUCUUUAUUUCACUAUCAAUCUUUAUAUGUACGUGGUCAAUCAAUUUGAAAACUUUUACUUUCUCGUGAUAAGAAAAUCAACUUAAUCACCUUUGUUCUAUCAACUGUAUCGAUGUGCUUGUGUAUAUUUGCACAGACCGGAAUAACAAGUGAAUUGAAUGAAUAAUAAACCUAUGUUAUGAACAAAAUAGAACCACUUCCAAUCUUAACAAUAAUGUUACCUAUAAGAAUAAUAGAAGCUCUUGUUAACUAUGAUCUGAUGGAGCGUGUUUUUUUCUUCUUCUUGUGUGUUAUAUCGCUUGGAACAAUUUUUCUCUCACUACUGUAGCUGGUAUUUGUUUGUUUGUUUUUCAUUACUAGUCAAUCUCUUCUUUCUUAUGUACCAUUUUGAUAUAUGCAAACAUCCAUAUAUAUAUAUCCAUAUUCAUUUUAUUGCGAUCAAUGUAAAAAAAAAUGUAUUUAUUC